AAGGUUAAUAAUUUCCCAGUUUAAUACAGCAGACAUUUUCAUUUGCAUAGAGCUGAGUUACAGACUUGGAAUGAAUAUGCAUGCAAAAACAUCAUCACAUUACCCACACACUAGAGCAAACGGGUAUGGAUGCAGUUCACGUCUGUUGGAAACGAUUACCAAAACGAAUUCCACCAGUAAUAGACAGACAAGGCGCUGUGAUCGAGUGCAAAAAGCGCGUGGAACCAACUUCAUUAUAACUUUUCAAACUCCCUGAGAACAUACAGAGAAGUAAUUAAUCGAAACCGCGAACAAUAGUUCCUUAGUAAAAAGUGUGGUGAAAGUAAUAAUAGAUGAAGUAGGCUAUCUUAUCGAAGUUAUCAUCACCUUGCAGUUUCGAGUUUUCACCUGUCAAUCUAUCCUACUGCGCGGGACUUCAGAAUAUUUUUUCCUGAAGAAUAUUCUGACCACUGAUGGGCUGAGGAUGAAAUACUGAUGCACCUGGAGCUCUUUGUCUUCAAAACUCUGUGAAGAAGACAGUAGGUCAGGCAUGAACGGUAAAAACUGUCACCUCCUGGUCUCCCCGUCUGGCAUAGCCCCAUCGCUGGGAGCGAUCACAGGACAGCACAAUCCUCCCAUCAGUAUGCCUGUGCGCACCACCCUGUCGCCGGGAUGCCACACCACACUGAGCCCCACCAUGGCGGAUAGCAGAGGCAGAGGCGGAGGGAUCCACCAAUCCCAGAUACCCCCCAGUUCUGGCAAUACUUCUGGAGGUUCUCUCCUGCUUCCUACCCUGAGCCUACGCAGGCAGGUGUUGACCAAUGGGAAACAGCCAAAAGUGUUAGGUGUCUCACAGAUGUCAGGGCAACAAGCGCCGACACUUCAAUUCCCUCCUACCAGUGUUGCAGCCACUGAUCAGGGAAUGGUGCCAGACUUUCCUGACAGCGGUGUCAAAGGUUGCCAGAUCUCAGUGUCAAGUAUGCAGAUGUUGGGCCAGCGGGCUGGUGCUAAUCUCCGUGUCACCAGUAGUCCAAUGGUGGUCCAAAGCCUUGGCCCAGUGUCUCCUGUCACAGCCCAAGCAUACACCUCAGGUGCCCUGGUGCCAGACGAGCCCCAGCCCACACUGGCCCUGGUGGUACCCUACGCAGAUGCCAGAUCCUUGCCCUCCAGAGAAUCCUUGGCCUCCACCACCCUGAGCCUGGCAGAGACCCAGUCAGUUCUGAGUGGCAGACAGGAUUGGCCCUAUGGCUACCGGGUCCUUCCUCCUCUGUGCUCACAGCCGGGCUCUACCCAGGGUGCUGAGGGGGGCGAGCUACUCAACUUGCCCCCUGGCACUGCCAUGUCCGGCGGCACAAGCAUAUCAAACUCUGCGUCCCUGCCCUCCUACCUGUUUGGGGGGGACGCCAACAGUCCUCGUCAGUACUCAGCCCGCUCCAAAAAGAGAGCCCUCUCCAUGUCCCCACUGUCGGACGGCUAUGGCAUCGACUUCAACUCCAUCAUCCGAACGUCACCUACUUCGCUGGUGGCAUACAUCAACAGCUCCCGGAGCUCCACGGCCUCCCACCACACCCUGUCGCCCCUCCAGCCCGAGGGCUACGGCCACUUCCUGGGGGUGAGAGGGAGCUGUAUCCCCUAUCCUCCUACUACCAGCUUCCUCGGCUUCCCAGGGUCUUCGCUGGCCCUGACCCCGCUGAGUGACCCGCGUUCCAGGACGGAGUGCGGCCGCAUGCGGAGGCUGGAGCAGGGUGGAGCGUUGGAGAGCCAGAUGGCUAACAUGGUGGUGGAGCAGCAGUGUCUACCGGAGGAGCGGGAGGUGCUACAGAGCACACCCGGGAUCCGCAAUGACCCGCCGCCAUCGUUACACGUUCAGCUGGAGUUGGCCGCCAUCAUCAGGUCAGCUAGUCCACCGCAGGGCCCACCGCCCCCCUACCACUCUCACAAGCACCUCCACCAACCUCCCAGCCACACCCAGGCCCAGUGCUCUAUCCCCCAGGCUUCAACCACGCCGCCUGGGCACGGCACCAGCCAGCACCCCCAUCCCUGGUCCCUGUGCGCUAUGGUGGAGGAGGAGGAAGGGGAGGAGGAGAACGGCGCGGGUCACUGCUGCCACUGGGCGGACUGCAGCGCUGUCUACGACCACAAAGAGGAGCUGGUCAGGCACAUCGAGAAGCUCCACGUGGACCAGCGGAAGGGCGAGGACUUCACCUGCUUCUGGGCCGGAUGUCCACGAAGGUUCAAGCCCUUCAACGCCCGCUACAAACUCCUCAUCCACAUGAGGGUCCACUCAGGAGAGAAGCCCAAUAAGUGCACGUUUGAGGGCUGUCAGAAGGCUUUCUCUCGGCUGGAGAACCUGAAGAUUCAUCUGCGCAGCCACACUGGAGAGAAGCCCUAUCUAUGUCAGCAUCCCGGCUGCCACAAAUCCUUCAGCAACUCCAGUGACAGAGCCAAGCAUCAGCGCACACACCUGGACACAAAGCCGUAUGCGUGUCAGGUCCCAGGUUGUGUUAAGCGCUACACUGACCCCAGCUCCCUGCGCAAGCACGUCAAAUCCCACUCGUCUAAAGACAGGCAGUUAAGGAAGAAGAUGAGGUCGUCUGUUGACAUCACCCAAGAGACGUUAGCAGACUGCCUAACCAUUCAACCCCUGCAACCCAGCCUCUCUCCUCUGGACGUGAUCAACCGAAAGUUGGGCCAAGCCCCUAGCCCCUCCCUCGAUCACUUCCCAGAUUUGCUGUCCAGGGGGCAGUCUAGCCAGUCUGGAUCCCCAUCCAUCUCUGUCCCUUUGGCUGCUCCACAAGGCCAGCCCUCCUCAAACAGUUCACACCUUGCUCUGCUGGGCCCCCAGCAGGACAUUUACAGGUUUAUUGACAGGUCCCCCCAACAUGUCAACGUCCGGUCACACCAAUACCAACUGCCACACGCCUCUGGUCCUCAUCCUCUCCAUCCUGCUGGAUCAUCUGGAAAGACCAGCACACCCCUGGGUCCUUCUAGUCACACUCAUGUAGUCUGCACAGACAACCACCCAGGUUUUAGUGGCCAAACCCACAUGCUUUACCCACCCCCAUACAACAGGUCCCCCAAGCAGAACAACUCAAGCCACCUGACACAAAUCCCCAUGUUCGAUGACGGCAAUGCCCCAACGUUCAUUACUCAGAAUGGGCUAGACAUUUCCCAAAGGACUCUGUCGGGGGUCACAGUAUACGACCUGCAGAGUGCAUCACAGGAUCUGCUUGUUAACCCAGUGAUGUCAGAGAACGCUUAUCUACAUGUCAGUGCAGUGGGCCGCUGCCCGAGCCAGCUGUCCUGCAUCUACACCGAGGGGUGACAUCAGCAAAUGUUUCCUCGCGCUAAGGCAGAUACUUUCUGAAAUGCACCACCUGCGACAACUGAAUUGUUUUUCAGCUACUGUUUGUGCUCCCAGACGUUGAUCUGGGAAAGAUUCCCCUCUUAGGUGAGAGCUGAAGACAUGUGGUUUAAGUGAUGGGCAUGAAGGAAGAGAUCUACAUCACUGAUGUUUGUCAAUGAACAUUGUUUUCAAAACAGCAAGGCAAACUCCUUAUGUCUUAUGGAUACUAAUAUACAGUCCUUCCCUUUGUAAGUCUGCAAGAUUUAAGUAUCACCAGAUCACCAGGACUGAAUGCCUAUAUUGAAUAUGCCUCCUAAAGCUUGUGAUGUACUGUAGAUACACAUGGGGGCUUUGGAGUAUUUUUUAUGUUUACAUUAUCUGAAUGCAUUUGUACAGUGUACUGUUUCUAAAUGUGGACCAUCCCAUUAUAAAAAUUAUCAAUAGCAGCACAUGAAAGGCACACUAUUUUUAUAGGUAUUUGCAUGAAUUCGUCACAUGAAACAAAAUGUGCUUGGAUAAAUCAAAGAUAAUUUUGUGUGAAAAUGUUCGAGAAUUGCAAUUGUCUUUUUUUCAGAGAACGUUGGAGGUUGUUGUAAGAAAGCUGUUCUUUUGUACAUAACUGUUUGUAAUUUAUGACAUUUGCAUUGGAAUUUGAUGAAAACCUGACAUUUGGUGUUAAACAAUUGAAAAUCUCGAAUGUAAUGUAACUGAUUACAAAGUGUAUAUUUUUGUUACAUAAUGUGUAAGUACCAAGAAAUGGCAUUGAAAAUGAAAUGUUUCUCUCAAACAUAGACACUGGGCUAAUAGAUUCAUGAUCCAUAUCAGUUAAUGAGAUUAUGUACAGUAACGUUAGGCCUAUUAUCACUACACAAGAUUUUACAUGAUGUCUCUGGUGCUUUCAAGCUUAAAAAGCUUGGAUACAGAAAUAUACCUCUUCGUGUGUCUGUGUGUGUAAAAGAGAGAGAGGUUUGCCUUUUUUAUCAAACAUAAAAUCAUCUGACAACCUAAGACCUGUAAUUGAACUCACAAGAGUAUGAACAAUUGUCAAAAUAGUCUACUUAAAAAAUACAACUUGGAGAAAAGAAAGAGGGCGAACCUGUGGUGUGUGUAUAAUGUGAGAGAAAGAAAAAGCGAGUGAGCAUGUACCGGGGUGCUCCUUUCUUUGUUAUCUCAACCAAUCUUUAUC